CUCUCCCUACCCUCUUGCCUUUUCCCUUCGUCUGUGAAUUCUCCCCUUCCCCUUCGAAACCCUAAAACCGAAGGUCUGCUCUGCCCAAGCUCAGGUAGAAAAUUUCUUAUAGGUGGAACUCUGUUGAUGCUGGCUGCUUUCUCUGUACCUUUGCUGAUUGUUUUGUAAAAAUGCCAGGCACGUUGCCAAUCUUGCCUCUUCCAGCACCUCCUUCUGAUGGAAAUCUUGGGCCUCUGCCUGCAUCUCAACUGCCAGAGGAAACGGAGGAAGAUAAAUCAACAAAUGAGGAGCAGAACAAGGCCAAAUUGGCUCCUGCCUCAGUUGCAACUCACACCAGGAGUAUUGGAAUUAUACAUCCUCCCCCAGAUAUCAAAAACAUUGUGGAUAAAACGGCUCAGUUUGUUGCAAAGAAUGGACCUGAAUUUGAGAAAAGGAUUAUCGCCAACAAUGCUAACAAUGCAAAGUUCAAUUUCUUGAGUGGCUCAGAUCCCUACCAUGCUUACUAUCAACAUCGUUUGUCUGAAUUCCGUGCUCAGAAUCAGUCUUCCACACAGCAACUUCCUUCCCAGCCUGCAGAAUCUGCUGUUCCUGAGUCAGCUUCAACAGUUUCUGCUGGUGUUGUUAAUGAAGAAGCAGCGAAGCCUGAUCCCUCUGCCCAGUUUAGACCACCUCCCCGCAAGAAUCUUGAACCACCAGAAGCAGCACAAUAUACUGUUAGACUUCCUGAAGGUAUUACUGGGGAAGAACUUGAUAUUAUAAAGCUCACUGCACAGUUUGUGGCUCGAAAUGGGAAGUCUUUCUUAACAGGAUUAUCUAGUAGAGAGAUGAACAAUCCCCAGUUCAACUUUUUGAGGCCAACUCAUAGCAUGUUUACAUUUUUUACUGAACUUGCUGAUGCCUAUUCAAAAGUGUUGAUGCCACCGAAGGGUUUGACAGAGAAGCUGAGAAAGAGUGUCUCAGACAUGACUACUGUUCUUGAACGGUGCUUGCAUCGCUUAGAAUGGGAGCGCUCACAGGAACAGGCAAGGCAGAAAGCUGAAGAUGAAAUUGAGCAGGAGAGACAGCAAAUGCAAAUGAUUGAUUGGCAUGAUUUUGUUGUGGUUGAAACUAUAGACUUUGCAGAUGAUGAAGAUGAGGACUUACCUCCUCCAAUGACCCUUGAGGAGGUUAUAAGGAGGAGCAAGAUAUCUGCUAUAGAAGAAGAUGAAAUUGUUGAGCCUGGAAAGGAGGUAGAAAUGGAAAUGGAUGAAGAAGAGGUCCAGCUCGUUGAGGAAGGCAUGAGAGCUGCUACACUUGGAGAGAAUGAUAGUGAAAAGAAGGAUGUGAAGGUAAAUGAGGAACCAGAACGACCAAUGAGGAUUGUGAAGAACUGGAAGAGACCUGAAGAGAGAAUCCCUGCAGAAAGAGACCCUACCAAGUUUGUUGUUUCUCCAAUUACUGGAGAGCUAAUUCCCAUUAAUGAGAUGUCUGAGCACAUGAGAAUUUCCCUCAUUGAUCCCAAGUACAAGGAGCAGAAAGAGAGAAUGUUUGCUAAGAUUCGGGAGACAACACUUGCUCAGGAUGAUGAGAUCUCAAGAAACAUUGUGGGGCUUGCACGAACACGUCCUGAUAUCUUUGGUACCACAGAGGAAGAAGUAUCUAAUGCUGUGAAGGCAGAGAUUGAAAAGAAGAAAGAUGAGCAACCAAAGCAGGUUAUAUGGGAUGGGCAUACUGGAAGCAUUGGGCGUACUGCUAACCAGGCAAUGUCUCAAAAUAUUAACGGAGAUGAUCAAAGUGAUACUGCUAAUGGUGAUGCAAAGAACCUUCCUGGUCCCGCUGCCCCUCCUCCCCGACCUGGUGUCCCAUUAGUUCGCCCUCUUCCUCCACCACCUGGGCUGGCAUUGAACCUCCCUCGUGUGCCUCCAAACACAGUCCAAUAUUCAGCUCCAUCCAGUGGUGGGCUUCCAGUUCCAUUACCUCAAUCCAGGCCAAUUGGUGUACCAAUGAUGCCACCAUCUAUUCGCCCAUCACAACCUCCAAUGCCAAUGCCACCCGGCCAACCACCCAUUAUGAUGAAUCGGCCACCUCAAAUGCCUCUAUCCAUGACUAUGAAUCCACCACCGCCACCAGGAUCUCAAUUUACACCUAUGGCAGUUCCCCGAGCUUUUGCUCCUGUUCCAGUUCCACCACCUGCCAUGCCUAUGAUGCAGCCACCACCUCCUUUGCCUCAAGGAGUGCCUCCACCACCACCACCUGAAGAAGCUCCUCCACCACUUCCCGAAGAACCUGAGCCAAAGAGGCAGAAGCUUGAUGAUUCCACACUUAUUCCAGAAGAUCAGUUUCUUGCCCAACAUCCGGGACCUGUUCGUAUCACUGUCUCUGUUCCCAACCUUGAUGAAGGAAAUCUCAGAGGGCAACUUCUUGAGAUCACUGUGCAGGCCUUGUCAGAAACUGUUGGCAGUUUAAAGGAGAAAAUUGCUGGGGAGAUCCAGCUUCCUGCAAACAAACAGAAAUUGAGUGGAAAAGCUGGAUUUCUCAAGGACAAUAUGUCACUUGCAUACUAUAAUGUUGGAGGGGGGGAAACCCUUACUCUUUCUUUGAGGGAGCGUGGUGGUAGAAAGAGAUGAAUCAGUUCCAUCACCUGACCAUUCAAGGUUUUGAGGGAUCUUAGAAUUAAUGCAGGCCCAUCUGUUCUUUUCUGAUAUUAUGUUAGAGAUUAUAUUUGUCAUGUACUAUUUAGAUCACUAUCACAAACUUGUUUAAACUUUUGUUUGUCUUUUAAACUGAUGGCAAGUCUGAUGUCUACUACAGAUAUGCACUUGACAAGUCUCUUGAGGACAAUGGGCGGCGUACCUCUUGUUUAAGCAGAGAAGUUAUAUGUUGUUUGAAGUUUUAAUAUUUUCUAUGCUGAAUUAGCACCCGGCAACCUAUUGUAGGGUGUAUUUCAUCUAUGUCUUAUGUCUUGUGCCUAUGCUUUCCUUUAUUUUUGAUAAUGUCUUGUCCCCAAACUAGUCAAGCAAUGAUUUUGAUUGUUGGUUUUCUCUGAUGUUUUUUUUUGUUCCCCGCUCCUGGAAGGUGCUUCUUCCUGUCUCAUAAUUCGAGAUGACUUAUAGGGCUGUGGAUCCAGGUGAAGGCUUUAUUGUCAUCCUGGUUCAUGCUUGAGCAUGUGGUGUCUGUACUCUUGCCGGCACAGCAGAGACGGGUAUCAAGAUGGAGGUAGCAUAGGUGAUUGUCCCCUGGCAGUUUCUCUCUAUGAUUGCAGUCUGGCCUUGGCUUUAUACAUGUCAUGGUGUCAUCUGCUUAUAAAUCAAGUUAGAAUCGAUGUAUGGCGCAAUCCAUUGAUCCAAUGCAUUGAGUAAAUUAGUUCCUAUAAU